AUGUGGACAUUGAUUGGAGCUUGGUCAACACCACUUGUUAAAAAGCCCUCCAACCACCCUCCACCCCUCUCCACCCCUCUCUACUCCUCUCCAAUCCUCUCCACCCCUCUCGACCCCUCCCCAUGCCAGGUGCGGGAGAUAACGUGGGCAGUGUACGCAUCAAACGAGGCGCAGGUAUCAUCGGUGUUCUUUGGGUCGGUGAACGGGCUCUUUAUGAGCUACGCCUCCACCGCCCAGCAGCGCUUCUGCAUCUACAGCACCCAACCCCACCACUUCCCCACUCUCCAACCCCCUCAAAUCCUCCCCAUUCCAGGUGCAGGAGAUGACGUGGACAGUAUGUGUGGCACCUCAACAUCCCUCCAACCCCCACCUCCGCCCCUCUCCACCACCCUCCACUCCCCCCCCCGCCCCCUUUACCAGGUGCGGGAGAUAACGUGGGCAGUGUACGCAUCAAACGAGGCGCGGGUAUCAUCGGUGUUCUUCGGGUCGGUGAACGGGCUCUUCAUGAGCUACGCCUCCACCGCCCAGCAGCGCUUCUGCAUCUACAGCACCCACCCCCACCACCACAUCUCACUCACCAAGGCCCAGAACUUCACCUCGCAGGUGAGAGCUGGGGGGAAGAGGUUGGGGAUGCAGGGAUAUGGGGUUUGCAGGGGGCUGGGGAAUGGGGAUGGCUGGGGAAGGUGGUGGCUGGGGGAGGUGGGGGGUGCAUCUACAGCACCCACCCCCACCACCACGUCUCGCUCACCAAGGCCCAGAACUUCACCUCGCAGGUGGGCGCUGGGGGAAGGUGGUGGGAACUGCAGGGGAGAUGGGAACUGCAGGGGAGACGGGAACUGCAGGGGAGGCGGGAACUGCAGGGGAGGUGGGAUGGGAACUGCAGGGGAGGUGGGAGCUGCAGGGGAGGUGGGAACUGCAGGGGAGGGGGGAACUGCAGGGGAGCCUGUGAUUGGCCCAACAGCGCUGUCUCUAAGCAACACCACGUACAGCCUCAACGGCACUGCGGUCACGGACGUGUGGCCACUCUCCCCGCCUCCCGCUCGCCAGGUGGAGUGGGCGGUGGCGCAAGUAACCAACGACACCCCGCCCAUGACCUUUGGGUUCGCCACCGUUGCUCCCAGCACCCUGCCUGCUGCCUUGAGUCGUCUCAGAAGCCUUUUCCUCCCCAACCCAACCCCUCUCCCGCCUUUCCCAGGUGGAGUGGACCGCGGCGAGAGUAACAAAGAACACCCCUCCUGUGAUCUUCCAGGCGUCUCAAAAGCCUUUUCCUCCGCGACGCGACCCCUCUCCCCCAACCCAACCCCUCUUCCAGGUGGAGUGGGCAGUGGCGCAAGUAACCAACGACACCCCGCCAAUGAUCUUUGCCUUUGCCACCGUCGCUUCCAGCACCCUGCUGCCUUUAGAGUCGACUCACAAGUCUUCUCCUCCCCGACCGCCUUACCCCCAUUCCCCCCCCUCUCCCAGGUGGAGUGGGCAGUGGCGCAAGUAACCAACGACACCCCGCCCAUGAUCUUUGCCUUUGCCACCGUCGCCCCCAGCACCCUGCUGCUCGCCCCCAUCUCCUCCACCUCCCCUCCCCCUGGAGCCACCGCCCCCAUAGGGGGAGUGCUGCGCCAGGGGGGGGAGGCAGGGCAGGGCGGGGAGGGGGAGGUGACACCUGGGGCGGGUUCGCUGGGGUAUGCGGGGAUAGCGGGUGUGGCUCAGCCUCUGGAGGGCGUUCACCGGUUUAUUGAGCAGCUGGAUCUGCUGGAUGGGCUGCUCUAUGUCGUGUGGUUCAACGGCAGCGAUGCGCGGGUGAUUGCCUCUUCGGCCACCAACAGCACGCUCUACACCGCCCCCAUCUGCAUCCCCCACCCCCUCCCAACAACCCCCCCUUCUCAAACGGCCCCCCUUCUCCCCCACAGGUUCAACGGCAGCGAUGCGCGGGUGAUUGCCUCCUCGGCCACCAACAGCACGCUCUUCACCGCCCCCACGCUCUCCAACAACGCUCUCCUCGCCAUGGCCGCGCGCUUCCUGGAAGCUUCCUUCUCCAUGCAGGACCUGCUGCGCGCGUGCACGUUCUCGGAUCGGGUCAGCGGCAAUCCCGAGGCGCCCGACAGCCAGUACUAUGUUGACAGCUGUCCGCUGUCCUCGCCCCUCUUUGACAACCUGCAGCUGGUGAGAGGGGGGGCGGAGAGAGAGGAGGGUGGGUGGGGGGUAAGGAAGGGGGAGGCGGGGGAAGCUGGGGAAGGGGGGAAAGGGGGGAAAGGGGGGAAAGCUAUGGGCGGCAGUCAGAGGAAUGUGGACGAGGCGAGAGUGGUGGUGGGUGGCGAUGAUUUCGUGCAGCAGCUUCAUGAGGGCGAUACCGAUAGAGACCAAGUUGGCUUUUUAACGUCAGGCCCUGCAUCCCUCUGCCCACCCCCCCCCCCCCACUGCGCACCCCCGCACCUCACUUUGCCCUUCACAGGUGGUGGUGGCGGUGAUCCCGCGCAGCAGCAUCAUGGGGGCCAUAGAGACCAAGUGGUGGUGGCGGUGAUCCCGCGCAGCAGCAUCAUGGGGGCGAUAGAGACGGGCAGCACGGUAACGGUGUGGUCCUGCUUUGCCAUGUCGCUGGGACUGCUGUUCGCGGGAUGCCUGCUCAUCCUCAAGAUGACCUCGCGCAUCAACGUCGAGUGGGAACUCAAGCAGUGUGGUCAUGUCGCUGAGGCUGCUGCUCGUUGGCUGUCUGCUCAUCCUCAAGAUGACCUCGCGCAUCAACGUCGAGUGGGAACUCAAGCAGGUGCGGUGCGAGAGCUGAUUCGGCAGCUGACAGCCAAGGACCAGGCAGAGAAGUCGAGCAACUUUAAGAGCCAGUUCCUCGCCAACAUGAGCCACGAGCUGCGCACGCCCAUAGCGGGCAUCAUAGGCCUCUUGGACCUGCUGUCCUGCGAGGCGCUGUCAGAGGAGCAGGAGGUCAUGGUGGCUCAGAUCCGCCGCUGCCCCCACGAGCUGCGCACGCCCAUAGCGGGCAUCAUUGGUCUCUUGGACCUGCUGUCAUGCGAGGCCCUCUCGGAGGAGCAGGAGGUCAUGGUGGCUCAGAUCCGCCGCUGCGCUGGGGGGCUGCUGGCGCUCGUCAACAACGUGCUGGACAUCAGCCAUCAUUAUGUGGGGGGGCUGCUGGCGCUCGUGAACAACGUGCUGGACAUCAGCCAUGUGAGACAAGGGAGGAAUGGGAAGGUGGGAAGGGGUGGGGUGUUGGGGGGGGAGAUGCCUGAGGAGGAGGGGGUCUGGGAAGGGUGGGAGGGUGGGCGGGUGUGCGUGUUGGGGGAGGAGCCUCGGAAAUCGCUGCGCUGGGGGGCUGCUAGUGCUCGUGAACAAUGUGCUGGAUAUCAGGCAUGUGAGACAAGGGAGUGUGGGGAGGGAGGAAGGGGUGGGGUGGAGUCGGGGGUGUUGGAGCUGGCAGUGGCGCCGUUCCACGUGCUGGAGGAGGAGCUAGAGGCGCUCUUGGUCGGCACUGCAGACCUGACCCAACCCUCACCCUGCGGCGCUCACACUGUGGAGUCGGGGGUGUUGGAGCUGGCAGUGGCGCCGUUCCACGUGCUGGAGGAGCUAGAGGCGCUCGUGGAUCUCUUCUCAGUGCACUGCAUCCCCCACGACAUUGACAUCGCUCUAGACGUCUCCGAGACUCUGCACCAGUGCUGGUGGGUGGGUCUCUCCUCAGUGCACUGCAUCCCACACGACAUUGACAUUGCUCUAGACGUCUCCGACGACUUCCCCCUGGUGGUGAUAGGCGAUGCAGGGCGGUUCCGGCAGGUGCUCACGAACCUGCUGGCGAAUUCAGUGAAGUUUACAGUCAAGGGGCACAUCGUGGUGCGCGCGUGGGUGGAGAGCAAGCAGCCCCUAGCAGAGGACCCUCUGUCCUUCUUCGGGCUAGGAUCCGCCCUCCCAUUCACCACCACCCACUCCUCCUUCCCUCCCUCCCCACUCUCCCCUGCUUUCUCCCACUCCCGCCCCACUUCCCCUUCUUCCCCCCAGCCCCUAGCAGAGGACCCGCUAUCCUUCUUCGGGCUAGGAUCCGCCCUCCCAUUCACCACCACCCAUUCCUCCUCCACCACCGCCUCUCUCCCUGGCAACCGCCACUCCGCCGCGUCCUCUGCUGCUGCUGCAGCCCCCCGCACACACCACUCCAGCACAUUCCUCCGCCCCUCCAUCUCCACCACUCCAAGCAUGCUCAACGGCCCGCCGCUUGUCCCUAUGUCUGCCCUCGCCGGCCCUCUCACCAGCAGACGUACCGAGUCUAUGGUUGAUUCGUCCUCCACACGCACGCACGGAGGGUCCGGCCUGGGGCUUUAUAUUGUGCGGGGGUUGGUGGAGUUGAUGGGAGGGGGUAUUGCAGUAGGGGAUAAGGACGAGCAGGGCACGCUGAUGCGGUUCCAUAUCCGGUUGAAGAUUCCCCCGCCCCCCUCACCUCCCCCUCCGCUGUUGCAGCUGCCGCUUCCCGGGCUUGGGGGGCCUGUUAGGUACGGUUCUGGCAUUCCGUUGAUACAAGACACGGACUCCGCCAGUGUCACAUCAGGCCUAGAGGGGGGCGUGCAGGCUGUGGCCUCCGCUCCUCCUGCUACCGCUGCUGCAGCGGGCGGGGAGAGCAGCGUAGGAGGAGGAGGAGAGGGAGCGGGAGUGGGAGGGGAAGAGGGAGAGGCAGAGAGUCCGUCUGAUUGGGGUGCUGGCGGUAUGGGGGGCAGUGGGCCGGGCCGUUCCUCCUCCACCAUAGGAGGCAGCUCUGCCGUUUCGGGACUUAGCGGUUUACGCGCUUUCCUCGGCAUGUCUGGCACUCUUGCUCCUGGUAGCAACGACCUGGGUGCUGCUUGGACCGGGUUGAAUCGAGCCGGGUCAGGAAUAGGAGUAGCCGGAGGGGUGGGAGGAGGAGGCGGAGGAGGAGGAGGAGGAGCAGGGCAGCAGCUGAGCGUGCCUCUUCAGAGAGUAACCCACAGUUCGCUACUAGACGGGACGCAGGAUUUGACCGGUGGAAUCGGAGGAGCAGGGGGGGGAGGAGCGGGGCAAGGAGGAGGAGUGAGAAUGAAGUGGCAUGUGCUCCUAGCCAUGUCGGAAUGCCCGGGGAAAGCCGUGGCCUCUCGCUGGUUCGAAGGGCAGGGGCUUGCAGUGAAGCAGGUGCGGUCGUGGGAUAGUAUCUUCCCCAGCCUGAGCUAUGUCCUGCAUGCAUCCGCCAUGCCCUCUGUUGCUUCUGGGACUGGGAGCACCCGGUCGGGGCAGGGUGGGGCGGGUGGGCGUGGGACUGCGAGUGGUGCCCCUUCCGCCAGCGCUAGUGCGGUUCAAUCUCGCACUGCCACCCCGCGAGGCGUUGCUUCUGCCGGCGCUGGAAUCUCCUCUGCUACGGGUACUGCUGCUGCUGCUGCUCGGGCGUUCUCUCCUGCUGCUACUGCCCCUGCGUUCCGCUCAACCUCUCCCCUCAUGGCUGGGCCUGGGCUUAGUAGCAGUAGCACGGACUCUGCUCCUGCUGCCAUUCGCACCGUCUCAGCAGACCGAGCAGGACGAGCAGGGGGUGGAGGAGGCGGAGUGGUAGGAGUGGGAGGAGGAGGGGGAGGUUUAGGGGCUGGGAUAGGGAUGGGCGGAGGGGCGACAAGGGGUGGUGGUGGUGGUGUGGCAGGAACGGGUGUGAGUGGACCAUCAGCAGCAGCACGGCUGGCAGGGGCACAAGCCCUGCUGCAGGCGUCUCAUGUGGGCAUGUCUCUCUCCCACAGCACUGACAGCAGCAGCGGCGGCGGCGGCGGCGGCGGUGGGGGUGGUAGUACUGGUGCACGCGUGGCAGGGGUGCGAGCGCUGCGCUCGCUCUCCCCUCUCUCGGUCACCGUGCCAGACGCCAACGAUGGGCUGCCUGUGGAGGAGCUGUCAGGGGGGAGUGCGAGGGAGGCCACAACAACAGGGAUGGUAUCGGCGCGCUUUGCUGGCCUCUCCUCCGCUGCUGCUGCUGCUGCCUCUGGGGCCCGCAGCGGCAUGCCUGCUCUCAUGCCUUCGUUUGGGGGUAACUUUGAUAAAUUCGAGGAGGGCUAUAUGGAGGACGAGUGGGGGAGACCAGUGGGAGGAGGUGGCGGGAUGGGCUAUGGUGGUGCUUUUGGUGGUGGCGCUGCUGCUGGUGCUGGUGGUAUCGGCACUGCUGGCGGUGGAGGGCAAGGCGGUGGGAGGGGAGCAGGAGCGGAAGGAGCAGGCGGGCAGCAGCAGCAGCAGCAGCAGUACCCUCGACAGGUUCCGCCAGAGGUGGGAAAGCUCUGUGAGGAGAUGAAGACGCUGCGAGGGAAGCGGUGUAAGGCGAACCAGAACCUGCUGGUGGUGUGGCUGUUGCCGCCUGGGGUGAACCCGGUUAUACGGAGGUUCCUGCAGCAGCAGCCGAAUACGGUGCUGACUUCUCGGCCGCUGCACUCGUCCCGUCUUCGAAAUCUGCACACGGCGUUGGUCCGCCUUGUUUCGUCGGCUUCCAGUGAGGGGGCUGGUGGUGGUGGUGGCGGCGGCAUGGGCUUUGAUUCGAUAAUCAACCGGGGGUUGCCGGGAGUUCCUGGGCCGGGAACCGGAGGUACUGGUGCAUUUGGUGGGGCAGCAGGAGCAGCAGGAGGAGGAGGAGGAGGAGCAGGCACAGGGGGGUUGCUGGGGAGGGAAGGGUCGGGGCCUGCUGCGUUCCGCUCUCUCAUCACGUCUCCUGUUCAGUCCUCUUCAGGGGUCUCUGGUGGUGCUAGCAGCGCCGCUGCUGCUGCUGGCAGUGCUGCCGCCGCUGCUGCUGGCGGGUUUGGGGCCUCCGCAGGGGUUGGCGCAGUGGCAAGCGCGGGUGCAGCAGGGGGUGGGGCGGGGGGGAGGAGGGCAGGGAGGAGGUCCACAGCAGGGGGAGCAGGGGCAGGGCGAGGGGGGCAGGGGGUGGGGAUGGGGGUGGGGGCGGGAGCAGGGCAGCAUAGGCGGAGGAGUAGCUUCGAUGCGGUGUUGACUCAAGGAUUGCUGGCCUCACCACCCGACAGCCAUGCAGGAGAUUCCGCCACUGCUGCUGCUGCUGCUGCUGCUGCUGCUGCUGCUGCUGCUGCUGCUGCUGGUGCUGGUGCUGGUGCUGGUGGUGGUGGUGGUGGUGGCCGGGGGGGCCCAUCCCAUCUGCCUCCCCUGCAGCGGUCUCGCUCGGAAAUACCGCGCAUGGGGGGGCAGUUAGAAUACUCCUCUGACCGGCCCCAGUCAGGGUCCUCCACUGCUCUGCGUGCUGCUGCUACCUACGGUCUUGCACCUCCAGACCCACUCAAUUCCGUCACUUACGGGAGUGGAAGCAGCGGUGCUGGUAUGGGUGGUAGUGGUAACAGUAGUGGUUACCAACGGCAGCUGUUGCAGCAGCAGCAGAUGCUGUACCAGCAGCAGCAGCAGACGUUUGGGUUGGGAUGGGGAGCAGGAUCAGGAGCAGGGACGUCUGGAGGAAUGGGGGGCAUGGGGACCAUGGGGACCAUGGGGGGAAUGGGGGGCGGAAUGGGGGGGAUGGGGGGGAUGGGUCGCAACCGUUUGCUGCCUCUCCCCACGCCUGCGCACCACUCGCCCUUGCACCUGUCUCGGAAGGGAGGGGGGGGACUUCGCCCCAUGCACUCCCUGCCUGCUGAGAUUUCCCUGUCUGCCCUUACAGGGGGUUCGGGAGGGGGAGGAACAGCAGGAGGGGGUCGAGCCACUGGUGGUGGGGGAGGAGGAGGAGGAGGAGGAGAAGGAGGAGGGGUAGGAGAAGGGAGGGGAGGAGGGAAGGGUGGUCGUGGGGCGGGUGGGCCGGCGGUGGGGGGAAGAGGGGCGGAUAACAGGAGAGGGCAAGGGGAAGGCGGUGGAGGAGGAGGGGGUGCUGUUUCAGCAGCAGGAGCAAAGGCAGGAGCAGGAGGAGGGGCAGGAGCAGGAGCGUUAGAUGGAGCAUCUGUUGCCGGUCCCUCACUCUCCACUGCUGUUGCUCCUCCUCCUCCUACUGCUGAUGCUGCUGAUGGAGCAUCCGAUGCUUCACCUCCUCACGUGCACCUCAGUUGCCCCUCCCUCUCCUUCUCCUCCCUCCACACCUCCUCACCAUCUUUCUCCCCCAUCUCUGACGCGCCUUCUGCUGCCAGUACCGCUACCUUUAACCCUGUUCCACGCGGCACAGCAGAAGAUGCACCAGCUGCUGCUGCUGCUUCUGCUGCUGCUGCUGCUGCUGCUAGUGGUGGUGGUGUUGCUGCUGCUGAGCCUCCUACCACAGGAGGAACGAGUCUGUUUGGAACAGCAGCAGCAGCAUCACCAGGAGGAGGAGUAGGGGGAGCAGGAGGGGAAGGAGGGGGGGCGUCGGCAGUAAGGCUACGAAGCCAGCGGUCUAUCACACUAGGCUCUGCUCCUGCUCCCCCUGCUCUCAUCCUCUCCCCCACGCCCUCCCUCACCUCCCCCACGUUUGCCGACCCACUCUCUCCUCAACUUGGAUCCUCCUGGACCCAUCCCGGCGUCACACCCACCCCUCCCUCGCACACUCCCCCUCCUGCUGCUGCUGUUGCCGGUGCUCCAGAACCUUCCAAACACCCACACUCCCCGCCCACCACCACCACCACCACCACCACCACCGCUGCUGCUGCUGCAGCAGCUGCUGCGGCGGACACCCUUCAGAAAUCCCCGAGCGUGCCCCCCAUCACACCGCAAUCUGACACUUUCCCUCCUGCCGGCACUCCUACCCUGGAUACCCCCCAAAAGUCCCCCAUUCCCCCUUCGAUUCCACGCAAGGGCAGCCACAAGGAUAUUGCUUCCCUUCUGUCGUCCCUGGGAAGCAGCAGCAGCAGCAGCAGCGGUAGGAGCAUGUCUCGGAAAGGCAGUGGGAAGGAUUCGAGGGAAGGGGGUGGGGAGGGCGGUCAGGGUGGGUGGAGUGGUGGGAGCGGCGGGAGCAGUGGGAGGAGUAUGGUGAGGAAGGGGAGCGGGAGGGAGAGUAGGGAAGGAGGGGAGGAUGGUGGGAACGAGGGUGCUGGGAGGAGCAGGUUUGGUAUGGGUCGGAAGGGCAGUGGGAAGGAUCUACUGGGUCUUGUGGGAGGGGGGAGGAGUAGCACAAAGGGGGAUUCGGCAUCCUCAGCAUCCUCUGCAGCUGCAGCAGCAGCAGCAGCAGCAGGAUCGGCGCUGGUGCAAACACCAACAUCGUCCUUGGCCUCUCCAGCAGGCUCGUUCACCCCCACUGCAACUACUCCAUCAGGAGGAGGAGCAGGAGGGGCAGAAAGCACCACCCCCACCCCCACCAGCACAAGCACCAGCACCCCGACCAGCAGCAGCACUCCGGGGAAACUCGACAAGUCGCAGCCUCUAGCCGGUUACCACGUGUUACUGGUAGAAGACACGGCUAUUCUGCAGAAGCUGGCUCAGUCGCUGCUGAAGAAACUGGGAGCAGAGGUGAUGGUGGUGGCUGAUGGUCAACAGGCUGUCGAUGCGGUUACCAGCAGCUGGAUUGCUGAAGACGCCCGGCUUGCUGCUGCUGCCGCUGCGAGUGGAGCGGGGAGAGGAGGUGGAGGAGAGGGGGAGAGAGGGGAGGGGGAUGGGGAGGGUAGGCGGCCGAGAAGCAGAGGCGGGUGGGAUGGUAGUGGUGGGAGUGGUGGUGGGGGGGCGGAUGUAGCAGCGGGAGGAGGGGGAGCGCGUGGGGGUCAGAGGGGCGUGGGCAGGGCGGCAAGAGGAAGCAGUAGCGGUGGAGAGGCGUUUGAUGUGGUGCUUAUGGACUGUCAGGUAUGCACGCCUUCCCUCCUCUCAACCCCGCUUCUCCGUCUUCCUUCCCUCCCACGAUUGCCUGUGCUGUGCACAUGCCUCUUUCAGAAUACCUGGGUACGCCACUCGCACUCACAAGGCGAGGGGAGAGGAGAGGAGGGGGUCCGUUCCCCUCGGGUUUCCCUCUCCUCAACUCCGUACCGCAAUCCACCCCUGCAUGUUUGA